CUAAUAAUUAAGAUUAAUAAGUUAUUUGCGAGGAAAUAUGAUUACAUCUCAGAGUGACAGGGAGGGAUCGUGCGCACCUUCCUGAGCCGGGGGGCCCAGCCGUAUAUAAACGGGACAAGUGCAGCGGUAGCCCAGCGUCUGCUGUAGGGUUACUGAACAGCCGCAUCUGAGAAAACACACGCAAAGUAGGCGAAGAGUCAUUGAGAGUCAGAGCAGAAGUUAACUGUUCAGCUGGGACACCCCGGAGCGUCAGUAAACCAGGAUGAAGGGAUGCGGCUUGUGCACGGUUCUUCUCCUUCUCUCCGGCGCCUGUGGAGCCAGUGCGCUGCUGGACGAUAGUCCCGCCGGCGCCUCCUUAUCGCCGGCCGAUAACAGGACCGGCGCCGGGUCUGCGCUACUCACCGGUACCGAGCCGCCAGGGACUCGCAGGACGCGGCGGAGACGCUACAUCUCACAAAACGACAUGAUCGCUAUCUUAGACUAUCACAAUAAAGUGCGAGGAAACGUCUUCCCGCCGGCCUCAAACAUGGAAUACAUGGUGUGGGACGAAAGUUUGGCCAAGUCAGCAGAAGCGUGGGCAUCGGCCUGCCUCUGGGAACACGGCCCACAGUAUCUGCUGCGAUUCUUGGGGCAAAACCUUUCCGUCAGAACUGGCCGCUACCGAUCUGUUCUUCAGCUUGUCAAGCCCUGGUAUGAUGAGGUGAAGGACUACGUCUUUCCUUACCCACGGGACUGCAACCCCCGGUGUCCCCUGAAAUGUUAUGGGCCCAUGUGUACGCAUUACACACAGAUGGUGUGGGCCACGUCGAACCGAGUUGGUUGUGCGAUUCAUACAUGCCACAACAUGAACGUCUGGGGAUCUGUGUGGAAGCGAGCGACAUACUUAGUCUGCAACUAUUCACCCAAGGGGAACUGGAUUGGUGAAGCUCCUUACAAAGUAGGGGUCCCGUGUUCGGCCUGCCCCCCCAGCUAUGGGGGCUCCUGCAGCAACAACAUGUGCUUCCCUGCUGUCAGUACAAACUACCUGCACUGGUUCAAGUAAACACACCUCACAGCGCGGAAGCAAACGCCUUCUCUCAAAGACGUACGUCCAAGGAUUUGCACAGCAUUCCUGCAUCUCUCUAAUUUGUAUAUAUUGGCUUUAUUUAAAAUAUGCCUACAAUUUUGAAAUUAUAUUUUGGACAUCAGUAAUAGAUUUUCACUAUGCUGUUUUUGUAUAUAAAAUGUAUAAUUUUUAUUAGGUAUAUGUAAUGUGUUUUGAUCGUCUUGUGUCCCAGGGUAUAGACUGGUGGAAAAGGUUAUUUAUCUUGGAUCAUCCUCAACAUGGUGCUGUUACCAAACUGGUUUUGUUUUACAGUAUUAUGGUGUUAUAAGCUAUUGGACAUUUUAAUAGUUUAAAUACCUUCUCUUUUUUUUACCGAAAUCUGAGCUUCAUAAAUGCUUCAGAAUAAUGGCCACCGUUUGCUAAGCUCAGUUGUGUAAAGAACAGUAAGGACCUUCAACCUACAGGUUGUUAAAUCCCUAGUAGACUGUAAUGGGGAAUGACAGGGCAAAGUGCCAGGCCCUGCCCCCUCCCUGCACCCUCAGCUUUUGGGCCUUGUCCUGAGCUGAACUCGCCCCCUGCAGGGGGACGCUGGUCAGGGCCCAGCAGGCCGACUGCUCUGGAAUAGCCACUAACACGUUUCCGCAUGGUGCUACUUUGGAAAAUGCCGCAGAUGCCGGUUCUGUUUCACCAUUGGUGCUUCAUUUCAGUGCAAUAGAAGGAGAGGACAGGGAGCAGAUCUGAAAGUCAGAGAGAGACUUACGGUCCUUCUGUCCUGGUUCUGCACACAGGCAUGAGACCCAGGUACUGCAUAGGGUCCCGCUUCAUGAGUGACUUUGCAGUAUGUACUGUUUUACGGCUCUGUAACUUGGCAGUAAGUUACCUGAACCUUUUUUUUUUUAACUUAGCGGUAAGUGUUACUCUUACCUGAACAUUUUUCAGCCAGUAUGACCUGGCGUGUUUCCUACUUUCCAGCGGUUACGCGUAAAAUCAGACAGACGAACGAAGGACGAUUACUUCCACAUACCACAAACCCAUUCUAAAUCCCUGUACUUAUAUGAUUCUGUCAAAUUCAAUGUAUAAAGUAUUUAUGUUCUUGUAAUAUUAGUAUUCAGUUAUUUCGCUAAAUUUUGGAGACACACUACAUUUGCACCCCAGUGAAAUUCUGCAUUAUGUCCUUUGUACAUAAAUGUCCCAAAUUUAUGCUACUGUGUAACGCUCCCAAAAAAAAUUAAAUCUGCUGCAAGAGGAUAAUAUGAUAAAGUUCUGUUAGUACCAUCAGCAGUAGUUAUUUUACCACUGUAACCAACAAAAGGAAUUUUAGCUAAUUUGGAGUUUGGAUGGUGUUUCUACACUUAAACUAAUCAAUUUUGACAAACGUGAACUUUAGGCUUAUUUUAUUUGGCUGAGUAUACAAUUUCUGAUUUAAAAAAAGUGCAUAUUUAAAACUAUAACAUAGUCAAUUUAUACCGGGGGGGGGCAUGGAAAUAUAUAUGAGAUAAAUAAAUAUGAGAAAUAUAGCUUUGAAACUUGUAGCAAAAGCUUAAUUUUUCUACCCCAAACUCCUUAUUUGUAGCUGAAGAAACUAAGGCUGAAUUCUUUGUAUAAAUGCAGAAAGUUAACGAACAUUGUUAUUAUUUUAUUAGCACUGAAUGUUGGUAUUUAAAUGCCUUUUUGUAUUUAUGGUUUUUACCUGUGCCUUUUGUGGUAUUUUGUAUUGU